GUUUUUUGUUCAGGCAGUUUUAUCUUAUAUACGCUUAGAUAUCUGCUGUGUUUUCAACAUGGAAGUAAAUCUAAUAAGUUUCCUAAGUACCCCGGUUGUACUUGUUUUUAUAACAGUUUUCUUACUAUGUUACUUGUAUUUAGGUAGACGGUCAAACCUUCCACCUGGACCCCCGGGUUUACCAUUGAUAGGCAACCUGAUAUGGUUUAAUAGACUUAAAAACAGAAAACUAAAACAGUAUCAAGGAUUUUAUGAGGCUAGUAAAACAUACGGGGAUAUAGUGUCGGUAACAGUAUUAGGUCAAAGGAUUGUUGCCCUACACGGAUACGAUACUAUACGUGACGCUUUUGUGAAACAUAGUGACGUGCUAAACAGUCGACCAAGCUGGCUCCGAGCAAUUAAAGAAGCUAUUAAAGAAGGGAAAGGGGUUGUUUGGCAGAGCGGUGAACCAUGGAAAGUUCUCCGGAAGUUUGUACUACAAACAUUGAGAGAUUUUGGGGUAGGAAAGACGUCAUUAGAGGAAAAGAUAAUGCACGAAGUUGAUGCUGCUAAUGAAGUUCUUACCGCCUCCGAAGGAAAACCGUUUGAUGUACGACUUCUUACGUCAAUGAUGAUUACCAACGUUAUAUACGGAAUUGUUUUUGCGAAGAGGUUUGAUUACAAAGAUGAAAAGCUACAUGAAAUCAUCGAGAAUUUGGAUAGAAUAUUUCGUAUUGGCGGAGGAGUACUAACAGCGGACGGACAACUUCCAUCAUUUAUUUUGAAAAUUAUUAACCGCGAGGCUUACGAAACUAAAAUGAAACGUUUGGAAACAAUUAGAUGGAUCAAAGAACAUAUUUACAGCGAGAUAAAUAACCACGAGAGUACGUAUGAUAACGAGAACAUACGAGAUUUUGUCGAUCUAUAUAUACAGGCAAAGCUUCAACGUACUGAUGAAAAUACUUUUAACAAGGGUAACAUUUUUCGGGUAAUCAUGGAUCUGUUUAUAGCUGGAUCAGAAACAACUUCAAACACAGUGAACUGGUGUAUAUUGUACAUGCAAGAGUAUCCAGAUAUACAGAAAAAAUGUCAACAAGAAAUCUCAGAGAAAUGCGGUGACAAGGUGGUGACAUGGGCAGAUAGAGGAUCUUUACCCUAUAUUGAGGCUACUCUUCUAGAAAUACAAAGACUGGCCAAUAUUGCUCCAAUGUCAGUACCACACACAAACGAAGUUGACAUGGAACUAGGAGGAUACUUUAUACCACGAAGGAGCCUUAUUGUCGCAAGUUUAUACUCCUCCAACAUUGACCCUCGUCAUUGGGAUGAACCCGAUACAUUCAAACCUGACAGAUUCAUGGAAAAUGGCAAACUGAAGAAAAAUCAAGCUCUUAUUCCGUUUUCAAUAGGUCCUCGUAUCUGUUUAGGAGAAUCUUUGGCAAGGAUGGAAAUGUUUCUGAUAUUUACAAAUCUGCUGCAGCGAUUUACUUUCUGCCGAGAAGACGACAACGUCAAGCAUUCAUUCGAAAAUAUAGUUGAACAAUCCACAAGUGCGCCACAACCAUACAAAACACGUGCAAUGAAACGGGUUUAGGAUAAGGUCUUACAAGACAACCCGUGCUGCAGUUCAGGUUAUAUGCAGUCUAUAACAGAAAUCUGAAAUAUAAAUGAAUAUGAAUGAAGAUUACGAGCUGACGGUGGCGUGAAAGAUGUAUACUGUAUUAAUGUGGGCGAUGUGUGUAUUAAAGUUUUACACGUGUAUAGUAUUGCAUUUGUGCCUUUAAACUGAAUCUUUACGAUUAAAGUGAUCUGGCCGGUAAAGUUAAACUAUCCGAAAUAAAAACUACAUCUCAAUAGAGAUGUGGUGGAUCAAAAAUUUACCACCAGAUAAAUGAUAGAGUUUAGAAGAAAAAUAAGAUCAAAACAAACAAAACAUUUUAUACAUAUUUAUGUAAGUUUAUACUCUUAAUUAUUUUAAUUAUAUCGAAUUAUUGCGCGCAUGGACUAUGAAUGUUGUGGGCAACAAAAUAGAAAUGAAAUUGUAAUAUUUUUUUUUAAUAGUAGAAAUUUAUUUUGCAGAACAACUUAACUUUUAAAAGGGCAUUCAGCUGUUAUAUUGAGUAAAACUAUAAUAUUUUUUUCAACAGUGAAGUAUAACAUAGAAUAUUGUAAAGUGUUAUUAAUUAUUUUUGUACAUUAAUUGCAGCAUUCUUUUAUGUUUCUAGAUUUUCAUGUGAACGAUUUGUUAUUAUGCACAGUACUCAAUAAAUAUAAGAUUUUA